CGGAGAGUCUGAGGAGAAUCGCCGGAGCGGGAGGAGAAGCUCGCAGUCGGCCGCGACGUUGCCUAACGCCGCAAAGCCCGGCGAGGCAGAAUUGGAGUGUUUUGAAAAAGAAAAAAAAACCUCCAAAGCUUUUUUCAGCUUUUCGCACGCACGCCGGCUUGGUGCCUGCAUGGUGACCCAAUGGCAUCCCGCAAAGGAUCGGCCACCAGCCCCACAAGCAGCACACCCGUCAGCAAUAGCCGAGACCGGGAAGAUGUCGAACUGGCUGAGCUCGGUCCCCUCUUAGAGGAGAAAGCCAAGCCGGGAACGUCCCGUUCAGCCGACAACCCAUGUCAGCCCUGCCCGGCUACCCAGGAGGAAGAGGAGGAGGAAGUAAGGGUCUUAACCCUCCCCUUGCAAGCCCACCAUGCAAUGGAGAAGAUGGAAGAAUUUGUCUACAAGGUCUGGGAAGGGCGAUGGCGGGUCAUCCCCUACGACGUCUUGCCCGAUUGGCUGAAGGACAACGACUACCUGCUUCACGGACACCGCCCGCCCAUGCCCUCCUUCCGCGCGUGCUUCAAAAGCAUCUUUCGCAUCCACACCGAGACCGGCAACAUCUGGACCCACCUGCUCGGCUUUGUCCUUUUCCUGUGUCUCGGGGUGCUGACCAUGCUGCGCCCCAACAUGUACUUCCUGGCACCCCUGCAGGAGAAAGUGGUUUUCGGGAUGUUCUUCCUAGGUGCCGUGCUAUGUCUCAGCUUCUCCUGGCUCUUCCACACCGUCUACUGCCAUUCAGAGAAAGUGUCGCGGACGUUCUCCAAGCUGGACUACUCGGGCAUCGCCCUGCUGAUUAUGGGCAGUUUCGUCCCGUGGCUUUACUACUCCUUCUACUGCUCACCCCAGCCACGACUCAUCUAUCUCUCCAUCGUCUGCGUCCUGGGCAUCUCUGCCAUUAUCGUGGCCCAGUGGGAUCGCUUCGCCACCCCCAAACACAGGCAGACUAGAGCAGGCGUCUUCCUCGGGCUGGGCCUGAGUGGCGUGGUACCCACAAUGCACUUCACCAUCGCCGAGGGCUUCGCCAAGGCCACCACAGUGGGCCAGAUGGGAUGGUUCUUCCUGAUGGCCGUGAUGUACAUUACCGGAGCUGGACUUUACGCAGCUCGUAUUCCAGAAAGAUUCUUCCCGGGCAAAUUUGACAUCUGGUUCCAGUCCCAUCAGAUCUUUCACGUCCUGGUGGUGGCCGCAGCCUUCGUCCACUUCUAUGGCGUCUCCAACCUGCAGGAGUUCCGGUACGGAUUGGAAGGUGGCUGCACGGAUGACUCGCUGCUCUGAGGAUCAUGAGAAAAUGAUCGCGGGAAAACGAUCACAAAAGGUUCCCAAAGGGCUUUUCUGCCGGACUUUAUCUUUCUCGACUUAAAACCUAUAGUGUUUUUUUUUUUCUUAAAUUAGAAACGAAACUCGACGCAACGUUGACCGCGCCUGGCGAGAAAGGAAAAGCGGGGUAGGCUUGUUCCUGAGGCCCCUCCGCGUUCUGAACGAGACCGUGCAUGGCUCGUCAGAUUCCUAGUUUGUCUCGCAUGGCAGCGGUAACUCUGACAAGGAAUUUCCCCAGGCUAUCCCGCCGAUAUUUUGUCUUUCUCGACAAAAUCACGUAUGGCGAAAAGGAAAGUAUUUAAUAUUUAAGAAGUUUUACAAGCGAGAUGCUGCCCAGUCAGAUUCCGCAUCCUGACACGUUCGUCGAGGGAGCUGCGAGCCGGGCACAGGGUGGGAUUCGGAGUUGCCGAGCUGCUGUGACUUUCGGUGUGGCAGUGAUUGGAAUAAACUAUGGAUGAUGGGAUAGUGGGGAAUUGCCUCGAGGGAGGGUGGGGUCUCCAAGGUGUGCACGCAUCUACACAAUCCAAAAUCUUGACGCCUGAAGAUUUUGCUUCUGACGACAUAGCCCUUUUGCCGGAUUUUCCGUAUCCCAUCCAAGUCGCACAUAUUGAUUUUUCCUGAGCGGCUGAUUUGCUUUGCUGCGCAGAAAAGAGGGAGGAGGAUUUGAUGGGGGUUGAGUUUCUAACUUGCAAAACAGCACCUUUGUCAACAGGUUAAAAAAAGGUGGAGCAAAAUUAUGGUAAGAUUGUUGCUGAAGUGACACAGAUGUAGAAAGUUGCCGUGUCUCACAGUGCUUGUAUCAGAAGAGCCCAGGCGGUUGUGAGAGCGAAUUGUCCACUUGAACUGCUCUUGCCGGAGUAACCCUGCUUGGUCUUACUCCUACUCCAUCCAACUUUCUCACCUGUGCUUGGUGGCUUUCUCAGAGACAUUGCACUACCCAACUAUGGAACAUCCUUGGUGCUAGAAGGGAAGGGAGGUUGCUCUUUCUUUACAGUCCCUCAGGGGCCUCCUGCACCACGGCUGAGGGGUUCGCUUUCGUACUCCACGGGCUCCGGAG